UCUUAAUACAACUGAAGCGUACGUUUUCGGAGGUCCUGUUAGGGCGCCAUGGCUGCUUCCAGUAGCGGUGGAAGGCGCAAAGCAACGGUCCGGUACUAUGAUGAUUACCCGGGAGGUGAAGUUAUGUACGGAGCGAGCCACGCAAGCAAUCCCCUAUCACGGGUCGCCAGGACAGGCCAUCACGGGCGGGAAAGGGGCGAUUAUAAAUGAAAUGUUAUGACACGCACAUAUUCAUCCAUGCUACGAGCUAACGGAAGCGGUAAACGCAAGAUUUAUUAUUGCCUUAUAAGGACAUCAGCGGGCUCUCGCACGACCUGAUUCCGUUUGGCAGACUGCGACUUCAUAUCCUCACAUCAGAAUGAUUAUUGGAGCCUUAGUUGCUGGGGUCUGCUGGAGCAUCGGCGCCGUUGUGCUUUCAUGCAUAGCCAAGGCUAUUGGAUUCUCAGCAAUUGGACCAGUUGCUGGCUCCUUGGCAGCAAAAUGGAUGUCUGGAAUUGCCAUUGCAAAGGGGGGAGGAGUCGCAGCUGGCAGCAUCUACGCAUUGCUGCAAAGCUUUGCAAUGGGCGGUGGGCGGCGCUGCGGCGCUGUUACAGCUUGCACAGGUGCUGUAGGAACUUUGUUUGUAUUUAAGGCCGUCUGGAGCUUGAUUCGCGCUCUGCUCCAGUGGGACUAAAAUGCAUGAGCUCGUGUUUACAUGUAUGUCUUCAGCUGCCGUGCAAAGGAGGGAGGAGUCGCAGCUGGCGGCCUUGCAAAGCUUUGUAAUAGGGCGGUGCUGCGGCGAGAGCUGACGUUACUGGGAGUCUGGGACCAUUAACACUGUUGCUACCUACCGGUACCGUUAUUGUGGAGCCGCACCAGGAGCUUCCCGUACAUAUCCGCGGACAUUGAUGACCACCCUGUGUUUUUUGCGACUGUGUGGUAUACUCCUGUGCUAAUUUGUGCAGUGGGUCAGGGUUCGUCAAAAGUCUGUGAGGCAGGUGGACCAAAACAGGGCCGGGGCUUGGGCGGGACGCGGCAGGCGCGUGAUUUGCUGCACGGCUCUGCACAGCGUUUUCGGUUUCCUCCCCUACUGUGGAAGGUGUUUAGUAUCAUGCAUUUCGGCCGUUUGCGCCCUUCGGUUAGUGGUAUCAUGGCUGGCUAUGAUAGUACAGGACGUGCAUCAAUGGACGGCGCAUUGGCCCUGUGUUACGUGCCUCACCUGCAGCUGCCCCGGUUGCAUGCCCCUGUGGCGCCCAUCGGCCUGAUAGGCUUAUCUAGGUAAGACAAUGAACAUGUUGAACUUAUAGACAAGUAUGGUUAGGAUGUUUCCUGCGGUUCUGCAGCGCAGGAUAAGGCUUUAGCCAGUGCAGCAUAGGUUUGCUAGCCAGUAACUGGUUUUGGAUCCAGUAUAACAUGCACUAUUGAGUAGGCUUAGUCAGUAGUCAGUGCGUGCAGUGUGGAGAAGAUGACGUAUCGCCGUACACCCUGGUGUCGUACACUCCAGGGAACUUCUCCCAAAACUCCAGGAAGGUGUUGUCGUACGCUCCAGGGAGCCGUACUUCCCUAGAGUAUAUAAACCUAGUUUUCUCCCUAUUGUAACAGUCUAUGACGAUCAAAAGUCAAGGCUCCUCUUCCCAAAGGGCAAAAGCUCACACCGGAAGCAGCUAGCAAGUCUCUGGCAACAGCCACAGCAAAAAAUAGCAAGUCCCUGGCCUAGCCACGGCACCCACCUCCCAAAGGGCAGCAGCUCACACCGAAGCCGCUUCGCGGCGGGGGCUCC